AUGCCACUCUGGGUGUUCUUCUUUGUGAUCCUUACCCUCAGCAUCGGCUCCCACUGCUCCCCAUCUCCCUCUCUGCCUCUCAGGAUGCGGCGGUAUGCAGAUGCCAUCUUCACCAACAGUUACCGGAAGGUUCUGGGCCAGCUGUCUGCCCGCAAGCUGCUGCAGGACAUCAUGAGCAGGCAGCAGGGAGAGAGGAACCAGGAGCAAGGAGCAAGGGUUCGGCUUGGCCGCCAGGUGGACAGCAUGUGGGCAGACCAAAAGCAGACAGCACUGGAGAGCAUUCUGAGGGAAUUCCCAAGGAUGAAGACCUCAGCUGGGGCUUAG